UUCCGCUAGACUGCACACGGGAGGAGAUGUGAGCUCGCUGCUCGGAUCUUGCACUAGUGUUGCUGCCGCCGGCGGCGUCAUGGCAUCGGCCGAAGUCCCGACUCCGGUCCCGGUAGUGGAACUGGGCUUCGCCGUCGAAGCGCCGGGGUGGCGCCUGCGGAGCGAGCAGUUCCCCAGCAAGGUGGGCGGGAGGCCGGCGUGGCUUUCCGAGUGUGGCCUUCCGGGCCCGGCGGAGCUCGCCUGCCCGCUGUGCCGCCGGCCGCUCGCCUUCCUGCUGCAGCUGUACGCACCGCUGCCGGAUCGCGCCGACGCCUUCCACCGCAGCCUCUUGGUCUUCUGCUGCCGGGAGCCCCCCUGCUGUGCCGCCCUCCGAGUUUUUAGGAAUCAGCUACCCAGGAAAAAUGACCAUUACCCUUAUGAACCACCAUCUGAAGAGCCACCGGAUGAAGAAGAUGAUUCUCUAAGUCUACAGCUUCGAUCUGGUGUUCAUCUUUGUAGAGUUUGUGGCUGUUUGGGACCCAAAGUUUGUUCCAAGUGUCAUAAGGCUCAUUAUUGUAGUAAGGAUCACCAGAUUCUUGAUUGGAAAUUGGGACAUAAGCAGUCUUGUACAACAUCAGAUAAUUUGAAUAGUGCAAUCCCAGACCACAAGUUCCUUUUUCCGGAAUAUGAAAUUGUAAUAGAAACAGAAGAAACAGAGCCUGACAAUGUUCCUGACUGCAUUCCUGAAGGCCUGGAAAAGUGUGAAGAGUCAGAGCUUAUAGGCAGUAUGGAUGAAGCACUUGAGGCAGACUUGGAUUCCAUAGCAAAGCAUGAAUCUAGGGAAGAUGAAAUAUUCCAGAAAUUUAAAACUCAAAUAGCUCUGGAGCCAGACCAGAUUCUUAGGUACGGCAGAGGAAUUGAUGCCAUCUGGAUUUCUGGUGAAAAUAUUCCUCAAGAACGAGAUAUUCCAAAUUGCCCAUGUGGUGCCAGGAGGAUAUUUGAAUUCCAGGUUAUGCCACAGCUUCUAAAUUACCUGAAGGCUGACAGACUGGGCAAAAGUAUUGACUGGGGGACUCUGGCUGUAUUUACCUGUGCAGAAAGCUGCAACUUGGGCACCAAGUACACAGAGGAGUUCAUUUGGAAACAAGACUUUACAGACACAAAUUAAAAUCAUGAAAGACAAAUCUCUAGCUUGGUCACUUUGUAAUCUCCACAUUUUCAAAUACCUAAACAAUCUUUGUGCCUUUGUAUACAUUGAUUGUAAUGAGGAGAAAAGCAAAUGUAGUAAUCUACAACAGCUCCAGUGUCUGAUGACAGGCUGAUUGUGAUGGGCACUUUAAUGUACAUGCUGAUGUACCUGCCAAAAUAUGGCAGAGAACUUAUGCUUAGCUCAUAAUCACAUAAUCAAGUA